CCGUCUCUCCUCCUCCUCCUCCUGUUCGGUUUCCUGCUUUCUCCUUCUCUGUCUCUGCUGCUCCUCCUCCUCGUUGCGGGAGGAUGGAUUUGUCUUCGCGGACCGAGGGGACCGUGUGAUCUGUGAGGACGGGGGACAGACAGCGAGUGGACACAUGGAUGGAGGUGAAACCCGGAGCCUGAUGAAGAUGAAGAUGAUGAUGAUGAUGUGGUUGUGCUGAGGCAGCGACUCCUCCGUCAAACAUAAAGAAGGAGGGAGGGAGCGGGAGGACGGUGCAGCUCGUCCUCUAUGUCUCUGGUCCUCGCGGAGGAGACGAGGAGACGAGGGAUCUUUUCAAACUCCUGUUUUAGAAACUUUCUGCUCUAGAUUCGUUCUUCGGUUCCUCCUCUGGACCCUCGGAGGAGUUUUCUGUCUUCAUGGAGCUCCAGAGCGCCUCCUCCACCGCCGGCCUCCCCGGACCCCUUUCCCCCGGCCCCCUGUCCCCGGCCUCGGACUACGCCGGACCCCUGUCCCCGUCUCAGGGCGCCAGCCCCGUCAGGGGGCCCAGUCCUGGACCCGGCUUCCCGGGCCAGGCCGCCUUCAACUACAACCAGCUGGAGGGGAGGUUCAAGCAGCUCCAAGAUGAACGUGAGGCGGUGCAGAAGAAGACCUUCACCAAGUGGGUCAACUCUCACCUGUCCAGAGUCUCCUGCAGGAUCACGGACCUUUACAUGGACCUGAGGGACGGACGCAUGCUCAUCAAACUCCUGGAGGUUCUGUCCGGAGAGAAACUGCCCAAACCCACCAAGGGCCGGAUGCGCAUCCACUGCCUGGAGAACGUGGACAAGGCCCUGCAGUUCCUGAAGGAGCAGAGGGUUCACCUGGAGAACAUGGGCUCCCACGACAUCGUGGACGGGAACCACCGCCUCACGCUGGGCCUCAUCUGGACCAUCAUCCUCCGCUUCCAGAUCCAGGACAUCAGCGUGGAGACGGAGGACAACAAGGAGAAGAAGUCGGCUAAAGACGCUCUGCUGCUGUGGUGUCAGAUGAAGACGGCGGGGUAUCCAAACGUCAACAUCCACAACUUCACCACCAGCUGGAGGGACGGCAUGGCCUUCAACGCCCUCAUCCACAAACACAGACCGGAUCUGAUCGACUUUGAUAAGCUGAAGAAAUCCAACGCUCACUACAACCUGCAGAACGCCUUCAACCUGGCCGAGCAACACCUGGGCCUCACCAAGCUGCUGGACCCUGAAGACAUCAGCGUGGACCAUCCAGACGAGAAGUCCAUCAUCACCUACGUCGUCACCUACUAUCACUACUUCUCCAAGAUGAAGGCGCUGAAGGUGGAGGGCAAGAGAAUCGGCAAGGUUCUGGACAACGCCAUCGAGACGGAGAAGAUGAUCGAGAAGUACGAGUCUCUGGCCUCAGACCUGCUGGAGUGGAUCGAACAGACCAUCAUCAUCCUCAACAACAGGAAGUUCGCCAACUCUCUGGUUGGAGUCCAGCAGCAGCUUCAGGCCUUCAACACGUACCGAACGGUGGAGAAACCCCCCAAGUUCACAGAGAAGGGGAACCUGGAGGUUCUUCUGUUUACCAUCCAGAGUAAGAUGCGAGCCAACAACCAGAAGGUUUACACUCCUCGAGAAGGCAAACUCAUCUCUGACAUCAACAAGGCGUGGGAGCGUCUGGAGAAGGCAGAGCAUGAGCGGGAGCUGGCUCUGAGGACGGAGCUGAUUCGCCAGGAGAAACUGGAGCAGCUCGCCCGACGCUUCGACCGCAAGGCGGCCAUGAGGGAGACGUGGCUGAGUGAGAACCAGAGGCUGGUCUCCCAGGAUAACUUUGGAUUUGACCUCCAGGCCGUUGAAGCUGCCACGAAGAAACAUGAAGCCAUAGAAACAGACAUCGCAGCCUACGAGGAGAGAGUUCAGGCGGUGGUUGCCGUGGCAAAGGAGCUGGAGGCGGAGAGUUACCAUGACAUCAAACGCAUCACGGCCAGGAAGGACAACGUGAUCCGGCUGUGGGAGUAUCUGCUGGAGCUGCUGAAGGCCCGGCGGCAGCGGCUGGAGAUGAACCUGGGCCUGCAGAGGGUCUUCCAGGAGAUGCUGUACAUCAUGGACUGGAUGGACGAGAUGAAGAUGCUGCUGCUGUCUCAGGACUAUGGGAAACACCUGCUGGGUGUGGAGGACCUGCUGCAGAAACACGCCCUGGUGGAGGCCGACAUCGCCAUCCAGGCCGACCGAGUCCGCAACGUCAACCGCAACGCGCAGAAGUUCGCCAGCGACAGCGAAGGCUAUAAACCCUGCGAUCCUCAGAUCAUCAGGGACCGCAUCGCCCACAUGGAGUUCUGCUACCAGGAGCUGAGUCAGCUGGCGGCCGAGCGUCGCGCUCGUCUGGAGGAGUCACGCCGCCUCUGGAAGUUCUUCUGGGAAAUGGCUGAAGAGGAGGGGUGGAUCAGGGAGAAGGAGCAGAUCCUGUCCUCCGAGGAUUAUGGGAAGGAUCUGACGGGAGCGCUGAGGCUGUUGAGUCAACACAAAGCCUUCGAGGACGAGAUGAGCGGGCGAGCGGCCCACCUGCAGCAGACCAUCCGACAGGGGGAGGAGCUAGUGGCCAACAACCACUUUGGAGCCGACAAGAUCAGAGAGAGGAUCCAGGACAUCCAGGACCAGUGGGCGGCUCUGGAGAGACUCUCCGCCGUCCGUAAGGCUCGGCUGCAGGAGGCCUGCAACCAGCACCAGUUCCAGGCCGAUGCCGACGACGUGGACACGUGGAUGCUGGACGUCCUGCGCAUCGUCUCCAGCGUCGACGUCGGCCACAACGAGUUCUCCACCCAGGCUCUGGUCAAGAAGCACAAGGACGUGGCCGAGGAGAUCUCCAGCUACCGGCCCGUCAUCGACACCCUGCACGAACAGUCCCGGACGCUGGCCCCUGAGAAGGCAAACUCUGAGGAGGUCCAGAGCCGGCUGGCUGGCAUCGAGGAGCGCUACAAGGAGGUGGCUGAGCUAACUCGGCUCAGGAAGCAGGCGCUGCAGGACGCUCUGGCGCUCUACAAGAUGAUGAGUGAAGCCAACGCCUGCGAGGUCUGGAUCGACGAGAAGGAGCAGUGGCUCAACAGCAUGGACAUCCCCGAGAAACUGGAGGACCUGGAGGUGGUCCAGCACCGGUUUGAGAGUUUGGAGCCGGAGAUGAACAGCCAGGCGUCCCGGGUCGCCGUGGUCAACCAGGUUGCCAGGCAACUGAUCCACUGUGGACAUCCCAGCGAGAAGGAGAUCAAGGCUCAGCAGGACAAACUGAACACCAGGUGGAGUCAGUUCAGGGAUCUGGUGGACCAGAAGAAGGAGAGUCUGAGCUCGGCUCUGGGAGUCCAGAACUACCACCUGGAGUGUAAUGAGACCAAGUCCUGGAUCAAGGAGAAGACCAAGGUGAUCGAGUCCACCCAGGAGCUGGGCAACGACCUGGCGGGAGUCAUGGCUCUGCAGAGGAAGCUGACGGGGAUGGAGCGCGACCUCGCCGCCAUCGAGGACAAGCUGGGAGACCUGGGCAAGGAGGCGGACCGCCUGGCCUCGGAGCACCCGGAGCAGUCCGAGGCCAUCAGGGGGCGUCUGGCCGAGAUCACCGGAGUCUGGGGGGAGAUGAAGGACACCAUGAAGAACCGGGAGGAGUCCCUGGGCGAAGCCAGCAAGCUGCAGCAGUUCCUUCGCGACCUGGACGACUUCCAGUCGUGGCUGUCGCGGACGCAGACGGCCAUCGCCUCCGAGGACAUGCCCAACACGCUGGCCGAGGCCGAGAAGCUGCUGACCCAGCACGAGGGCAUCAAGAACGAGAUCCGCAACUACGAGGAGGACUACCAGAAGAUGAGGGACAUGGGCGAGAUGGUGACGCAGGGCCAGACCGACGCCCAGUACAUGUUCCUGAGGCAGCGGCUGCAGGCGCUCGACACCGGCUGGAACGAGCUGCACAAGAUGUGGGAGAACCGGCAGAACCUGCUGUCGCAGUCCCACGCGUACCAGCUGUUCCUCAGGGACACCAAGCAGGCCGAGGCCUUCCUCAACAACCAGGAGUACGUCCUGGCUCACACUGAGAUGCCCACCACCCUGGAGGGGGCCGAGGCCGCCAUCAAGAAGCAGGAGGACUUCAUGACCACCAUGGACGCCAACGAGGAGAAGAUCAGCGGCGUGGUGGACACGGGGCGCCGCCUGGUGGCCGACGGCAACAUCAACGCCGAGCGCAUCCAGGAGAAGGUGGACUCCAUCGACCAGAGACACAAGAAGAACCGAGCGGCCGCCAGCGACCUGCUGAUGAAGCUGAAGGACAACAGAGACCUGCAGAAGUUCCUGCAGGACUGUCAGGAGCUGAAUCUGUGGAUCAACGAGAAGAUGCUGACGGCUCAGGACAUGACGUACGACGAGGCCAGGAACCUCCACAGCAAGUGGCUCAAACACCAGGCGUUCAUGGCCGAGCUGCAGUCCAACAAGGAGUGGCUGGACAAGAUCGACAAGGACGGCCAGGCUCUGAUGGCAGAGAAACCGGAGACGGAGGCCAUGGUGAAAGAGAAGCUGGCGUCCCUGAAGACGAUGUGGGACGAGCUGGAGUCGACGACUCAGACCAAAGCCAAGUGUCUGUUUGACGCCAACAAGGCCGAGCUGUUCACGCAGAGCUGCGCCGACCUGGGCAAGUGGAUGGCGAGUCUGGAGGGUCAGCUUCAGUCCGACGACUACGGGAAAGACCUCACGUCUGUCAACAUCCUGCUGAAGAAACAACAGAUCCUGGAGAGCCAGGUGGAGGUGCGUCAGAAGGAGGUGGAGGAGCUGCAGGGCCAGUCCCAGGCCCUCAGCCAGGAGGGGAAGGGCUCCGAGGAGGUGGACGGUCAGAGGAUCAGCGUGGAGACCAAGUUCCAGUCUCUGCAGGAACCUCUGAAGAAGAGACGCGACCACCUGAUGGCGUCCAGAGAGAUCCACCAGUUCAACAGGGACGUGGAGGACGAGAUCCUGUGGGUGGAGGAGAGGAUGCCUCUGGCCACGUCCACCGACCACGGACACAACCUGCAGACGGUCCAGCUGCUCAUCAAGAAGAACCAGACGCUGCAGAAGGAGAUCCAGGGCCACCAGCCUCGCUACGACGACAUCUUCGAGCGCAGCCACCACGUCCUGAGGGAGGACGACCCCGCGGCUCAGCUGAUCCGCCAGCGUCUCGCCGGCUUCCAGUCGCUGUGGGAGCAGAUCAAGAAGGAGACGGAGAAACGUCACGGCCGCCUCAGCGAGGCCCACGAGGCCCAGCAGUACUACUUCGACGCCGCGGAGGCCGAGGCUUGGAUGAGCGAACAGGAGCUCUACAUGAUGUCAGAGGAGAAGGCCAAGGACGAGCAGAGUUCGGUGGCGAUGCUGAAGAAGCACCAGAUCCUGGAGCAGGCGGUGGAGGACUACGCCGACACCGUCCACCAGCUGUCCGGCACCAGCCGAGGCCUGGUGGCAGCCGGACACCCCGACAGCGAACGCAUCGGCAUGCGUCAGUCCCAGGUGGAUAAGCUGUACGCUGGUCUGAAGGACCUGUCUGAGGAGCGCCGGGGGAAACUGGACGAGCGCUUCCGUCUCUUCCAGCUCAACCGGGAGGUGGACGACCUGGAGCAGUGGAUCGCAGAGAGGGAGGUGGUGGCCGGGUCCCACGAGCUGGGACAGGAUUACGAGCACGUCACCAUGCUGCAGGAGCGUUUCAGGGAGUUCGCCCGGGACACGGGGACCAUCGGUCAGGAGCGCGUGGACGCCGUCAACCGUCAGGCCGACGAUCUGAUCAACUCGGGCCACGGAGACGCCGCCACCAUCGCGGAGUGGAAGGACGGCCUGAACGAGGCCUGGGCCGACCUGCUGGAGCUCAUCGACACCCGGACGCAGAUCCUCGCCGCCUCCUACGAGCUCCACAAGUUCUACCACGACGCCAAGGAGAUCCUCAACCGCAUCCUGGACAAACACAAGAAGCUCCCCGAGGAGCUGGGCCGGGACCAGAACACCGUGGAGGCUCUGCAGAGGAUGCACACCACCUUCGAACACGACAUCCAGGCUCUGGGGACGCAGGUCCGGCAGCUCCAGGAGGACGCGGUCCGUCUGCAGUCCGCCUACGCUGGAGACAAAGCCGACGACAUUCAGAAGAGAGAAGGAGAGGUCCUGGAGGCCUGGAAGAACCUGCUGGAGGCGGCGGAGGGACGUCGGGCCAAGCUGGUGGACACCGGAGACAAGUUCCGCUUCUUCAGUUUGGUGCGUGACCUGAUGCUGUGGAUGGAGGACGUCAUCCGGCUCAUCGAGGCCCAGGAGAAGCCCAGGGACGUGUCGUCGGUGGAGCUGCUGAUGAACAACCAUCAGGGCAUCAAGGCCGAGAUCGACGCCCGUAACGACAGCUUCACAGGCUGCAUCGAGCUGGGAAAAGCUCUGCUGGCCAGGAAGCACUACGCUGCAGAGGAGAUUAAAGAAAAGUUGUUACAGUUGACGGACAAGAGGAAAGAAAUGAUCGACAAGUGGGAGGACAGAUGGGAGUGGCUGAGGCUGGUCCUGGAGGUGCACCAGUUCUCCAGGGACGCCGGUGUGGCCGAGGCCUGGCUGCUGGGCCAGGAGCCCUACCUGUCCAGCCGGGAGAUGGGGCAGAGCGUGGACGAGGUGGAGAAGCUCAUCAAACGCCACGAGGCCUUCGAGAAGUCGGCCGCCACCUGGGAGGAACGCUUCUCUGCUCUGGAAAGACUGACCACGAUGGAACUACUGGAAGUGAGAAGAAGGCAAGAGGAAGAAGAGAGGAGGAGGCAACCGACGACAGCGGAGGACGACGCUGCAGUUCAGCCAAGGGAGAAUGAGCCGGUGUCUCAGAACGGGCUGCCGUCCGACCAGGAGUCUCCCAGGGAUAACGCUGAAGGGGUGGAGGUGGUGAACGGGGUGUCGGAGCCCAGUCCUGCAGGGUCUCCCGGGGCGUCCCGUAAAGCCAAGGCCAGCCAGGCAGCGACGCUUCCGGCCAAAACUCAACCGGACGCUCCAACGUCCCAACAGGACGGCUUCCUGCACCGCAAACAUGAGUGGGAGGGCCACAACAAGAAGGCCUCCAACAGGUCCUGGCACAACGUCUACUGUGUGAUCAACCAGCAGGAGAUGGGUUUCUAUAAGGACCAGAAGAGCGCCGCCCAGGGCAUCCCCUACCACAGCGAGAUCCCCGUCAGCCUGAAGGACGCCGUCUGUGAGGUGGCGCUGGACUACAAGAAGAAGAAGCACGUCUUCAAGCUGAAGCUCACGGACGGGAAUGAGUAUCUCUUCCAAGCCAAAGAUGACGAGGAGAUGAACUUGUGGAUCUCUAAAAUCUCAGCCGCCGUGUCCGGUGAUAAGUUGGAGGUGACCCCGAGCAGCCACAGCACGCCGGCCCCCGCCGCACGCGCUCAGACGCUGCCGAGCUCCGUGGCCACGCCCACCGCUGAGUCCAGCCCCGGAAAACGAGAGAAAGACAAGGAGAAACGCUUCAGUCUGUUCAGCAAGAAGAAAUAGACGCUCCUCUUCCUUUUCCUUUUCCUCUUCCUCCUCCUCUUCCUCCUCCUUUUCCUCCUCCUCCUCCUCCUUCAGGGCUGUUUGGGGUCUCUCCUCAUUAUUGACAGAAUAUUUGAUUUGAGUUUGUUCAUAGCAGCUUCAACAGUAACACAACUUUAACAAUCUGUUCUGAUAACUUCAGCAGCUCAAACCCCAAACAGCCGCUCUUCCUCCUCUUCUUCCUCCUCCUCCUCCCUCCUCCUCCUCCUCCUCCUCCUCCUCCUCUCAGCGUGACUCCAGCAUGCUAGCUCCGAGCCAAAACUCUCCACUCUGUGCCUAUCAACCGUCCGGCUCAGAGCUCCAGUUCAGCUGCAGCGCUCCACCUCUGUCCUCUGUUCACUUUAUUAUUAUUAUUAUUGUUAUUAUUAUUAUUAUUAUUGUUGUUGUUAUUAUUAUUUUUUUGUAAAAUGAGCAGCUGAAGAAAAAUCAAAACCAGAUUAAAACAAUAAAGUUGUUGAAGGAGCUGGAGGCAGCUGCUGUUGUAGAAAUGUAAAUCCAGAGUUUACGGCCGAAAACAACGACGCCGCGAUGUAGAGGAGCACGUCCCACCUCCUUCUUCUUCUUCUUCUUCUUCUUCUUCUUCUUCUUCUGCUACUUCCUGCUUCCCUCUGUGUUUCCUGUCGUCUCUGCUUUUCGUGGAAAGCUGCCUCCUGUGGGUUUUUUCUGGUCCAGUUCUUGGGAGGUUGUGGUUUAGUCCCUGUUUAGGCUCCAUCCUCAGUUUUUUGCGAGGCCUUGUCUUUGCAAGAUGACGUGUAUCCCUCUGUCCUGGGGAGACCACGGCGGGGUAACCCCCCCCCCCCCCCCUCACCCCCCCCCCCCCCGGUCACGCCCCCUGGUGGCCUGGAGGCUGUGGUGCGGGCGUUACCCCGCCGUGCUUUGAACUGUAUGUAUAACUUGUGUAUAACUAAAAAUAAACCUGUGUUUAAUUUCACUUAUUAUUCCUUCUACUAAUGAGCCAGCGGCCGUAAUAAGCUUCGUUUGAGUAGAACUUAUUAAUAAAUCUGGAGGAGAGACCAGUGAGAAUGUUUUAACCGUUUAUUUUCUACUUCUUCGCUCCACAGCUGAGCCUGAAUUAAGGUUUAUUAAGGUUUAUUUAGAGCCGGUGGAGACGUCGGUGAAACCUACGGAAGUUCCUCAGCGACAAAAUAAAAUAAAAAAUAAAAAAAGCAGGAGAUGGUUGAGCUCUUUCGUUUCCCGUCUUCUUCUAUAAAAAGGUGUUUAUUCAUUAGGAUUUCAGCCUGAAUGAAGCUCUGCUGAGGCUGUGAACUGGUCUGAAUGGAACAUGAGCAGAAACCUGAAGCGUUUCUGUCACUGAUGACGAGUGAAGACGUUUAAAACCGUGUGUGUUUGAUUUUGUCGUUAAUGAGCUUCCGUGGAUACAAGAAGUAAAAACCCCGACAUGAAGGAGGCGGGUGGGUUUGUUUUACCUCCACACAGAUGGUGGUGGGGUGGGGGGGGGCUCAGUGAAACACUCUGUGAUUGGCUCUGAAAUAGAUUUUUUUAUUAUUAUUAUUUUUCAUUUUUCUCUUUGUGCUUCAUUCUCUGCAGAUUUGAUAAAUAUCGUCUGUCACUGUAACCAUAGCAACGAGAUAUGUCUUCAUAUUGCACAAUCAAUAAAUAAAGCCACGAUGGGGUGGGGGGGUGGGGGGGUUUUUGGGGGGUAGUGGGUGUUGGUGUGGACCAGGGGUCACUACUAGUUGGAUCUGCUCCUGUAGACUUGUCCCCUUCUCUGUUCCAUAUGUGCAAAAAGCCAUUAAACGCUUUUAAAAGGAAAAA